AUGGAGACCUCCAACUACUCUUAUGACUACUCGGAUUAUACUGAUUUUACCACGGUUCAUGUUAAGCAAGAGCCAUCGCACGAUGCAAAAGACAUUGCUAGAAUCCUCUCUGUUGUAGUCUACAGCCUCACCUGCCUCCUGGGAAUUCUGGGGAACGGCCUAGUCAUCACGAUCAUCACUUUCAAGAUGAAAAAGUCCAUCAAUGCCAUUUGGUUUCUCAACCUGGCUGUUGCCGACUUUCUUUUCAACGUCUUCCUGCCGCUGAAUAUUGCGUACACCGCCAUGAACUACCACUGGGUCUUUGGGGCGGCCAUGUGCAAGUUAAACUCUUUCCUCCUCAACCUGAACUUGUACAGCAGCGUGCUGCUGCUGACGACGAUCAGCUUAGACCGUUGUGUGUCCGUCGUCCUCCCAGUCUGGGCCCAAAACCAUCGAACCACUACGCUGGCAUGUUUGAUUUGCGUCGUCGACUGGGUGCUUGGUGUGGCAAUGAGUUCCCCGUCUCUCGUUUUCCGGGACACUGCAACUCACGAAGGCAAUGUGAUCUGUUUUAGUAACUACGCCUUGUCGGGGAAUAAGACUGACCAUCCUCUGGGCAUGAUGAGACACCAGACUGUAAACAUCGUCAGGUUUCUGAUAGGGUUUGUCAUUCCCAUCACCAUCAUCACAGUCUGUUACAUGAUCAUCAUCGUCAAGCUGAAACGAAACCGGCUCGCCAAAUCCAAAAAGCCCUUCAAGAUCAUUGUCGCCAUUAUUGUGACCUUCUUCCUGUGCUGGGCCCCCUACCAUGUCCUGCACGUCCUGGAAACGCAGCAUGACCAAGUCUCCCAUGUGGUAUUCAAGACUGGGAUUCCCAUCACCACAGCUCUGGCUGCGGCCAGCAGCUGCAUGAAUCCCAUCCUUUAUGCCUUCAUGGGCCAGGACUUUAAAAAGUUUAAGGUGACCGUCCUCUCCAGACUAGUGAACGCACUAAGUGAAGACACCACCCACUCGACUCUCGCUCAGAGGAGCUUCUCUAAGAUGUCCUCAAUGACUGAAAAGGAUACCACCCUUCUCUGA